AUGGAAACCGCUCAACGAAGAAUCGAUCUGAGCCGUCUGGUACGUGAUGCUCCGUUGGUGAAUCGUCUCUGCUUCGACGCCUGCUCAAAAACAGUCAAGAUCAUAUACUCAUCCAGUGUCCCGCUCUUCAACACCACUCUCGAUUUUACGGUAACUCGUUUAUAUUAUAUUAAAAUGGUUUACAACUUGAGCUAAUUUCAGCGCAAAAAAACUGGAGAAAUGGAGGAUCGGAUCUACUGCAUUCAAGUCAUGUAUCCGGAUUUCCCUCUUCUUCUGAAGUACUUUGGGGAAAACUGCCCGCUGCUCAAAGGGACUACGGUCGAUUUCGUGGUGACCGCCAGUCAGAAUGCUGAAAUCGAGGAAGAAAUUCGCAAAGAAUUGGAUGUAACGUAAGUUAUAAUACCCUUUUUUUCAUUUUUACGUAAGCUAAUGUCAUUCGAAUCCGUUGCAGACUUCGUCAUGUCGAAGCAUUCAACGGACUUGUGAAAGGAACUUGCUUCCUGUUGCGCAACAUCGAAGCCGAGAGCUUUACGUACUCGUUCGAUGAGUCACAGACGUACGAGUUUCAGACGUUGAACAACGGUUCGAUGUACCCGUUUCUUCUGAUCAAUAUCAGAACUGGAGUCUCGGUAGUUUUGGUGGAAGACGAGAAUAAGUUCAAAAGACUCGGAGGUAGCUCGAUUGGAGGAGGAAGCUUCCUGGGUCUCUCGGAGCUCAUAACUGGAGUCAGUGACAUUGAGGAGAUGAUGGAGCGAGCUCUCCAGGGAAAUCCGGAAGAAUUUGACAUCUUCAUCAAAGAUAUCUACGGAAAUCAGUGAGGAUUGGUUGAAAACGAUAAAAUCGGAAUGACUGUUGUUUAGCGCUUCAAACUUCGGGAUGGAUCCGCAUUUGUUGGCUGCUUCGUUCGGAAGAGUCAACAGAGACGGGACUGGCCGUAGAGCUGAUGAUUUCGACGAACAGUCAAAGAACAACGCAAUUCUGAGCUUGCUCCGCAUGAUCCUCUACAACGUAUCACAGGUGACUUUUAAAAAUGACAGUUUUAACCUUAAUUACCUAUCUUCAAUUGCAGCUUGCCUACAUGUUGUCCGAAAUCUCGAACGUGAAUCGUGUCUUCUUCAAUGGAUUUCUGGUCAGAAACCGUCCGAUUGUAAUGAAGACACUCUCAUUCGCCUGCAACUACUGGUCCAGCGGUAGACUGCGUGCCUACUUCCUCCGUCACGAGAAUUACACUACUGGUCUUGGUGCUUUCCUAGAGAACCUCCCGAAAGCGAAUCUCUUCUGGAAGGAGUACUGCUCUGGAUCGACUGCUCUUGGACGUUUUGUACCAGUCGAACCGCUUGAGACUGGCUUCAAGACGCAAACUUUUGCGUUGAAGUGUACAAAUUUCAAGGCGGCUCCAUUCUCGCUGCUUGCCGAUAAAGAUGGAAAACCGGAUACCAUCGACUUCAACAAGGAUGCGCAAGCUCGCAACUUCUGGAUUGAGAUUCUGGACAAAACCACAACCGAUAUGUCGAAGUUUGCAAUGUCGUCGCAGCAGAAUUGUACGCAGCAGGUUGAAAUGAUGAGUAGAGCUGGCGACUUUACCGCGGAAUUCAUGAAAAUGAUGAUUCUGAUCAAAGAGCACCCUGUGUAAGUUGUAAUAAUUGAAUUCUUUGAAUCAGAUUGUAUUACAGUGCUUAUGGAAACUCGAACGCAAGAAAUAUGCUUGAAGUCCGCGAGCAGAUACUUCAGGAGAAAGGAUUCGACGACAUUUACGUGCAGAAAAAGCACGAAGAGAAUCGCUCGGCUCUCGCUCAGCUCCCAACUAUUUUGGCUUCAAUCGAUAAACUCCGCGAAGUCAGAUUUAAAAAAGCACCUUUUGUGUAACUAAUACAUUGCAGAUCCCGAACAACGAGAGAGCAGCUAUCGAGUAUGUCUCUCGUGUUCUACUGGCCGGAAACGUGUUUGAUUGGGGAGCCAAGGAAGUGGUGAAGAUGAUGAGCAGCGAGAGAGGACUCAGUUUCCAGAACGCUAUUGAUCACGUCGAGGACCGUCCAUGGCUGUUCGACGGCUUUGACACCUUCUACCAACAUCACAAAAAGUACCGUUCAGUGCUGAUCUUCGUGGACAACUCCGGAUGCGACUACAUCCUCGGCAUCAUCCCGUUUGCCAGAGAGCUCUUGCGAAACGGAAGCAAAGUGAUCAUCUGUGCCAAUUCGUCUCCGGCUCUCAAUGAUCUAACUUAUCGCGAAAUGGUUGACCUCGCUCCUGCGCUGAAGAGAGCUGAUAAGGAUUUGGCCAAGUUCAUCGAAGAAGAACAAAUGAUGUUUGUGCAAUCCGGACAAGAGUCGCCGUGUCUUGACGCCAGGUUUGAUAAAUCUGAAGCAGACAUUGAUAAUCGGCCAAGUUCAGACGUGUUCACCAGGAUCUGAAUGACAUUGUCGAGAAGCAUCAAACCGAUUUAGUUGUAAUCGAGGGAAUGGGCCGAGCUCUGCACACCAACUUCCACGUGAAGUUCAAGUGUGACUCACUCAAGGUAUCACUAUUUUUCCCCUUUUUGCUUUUAUAUUUUUCGAUUUAAGGCUGCAGUCAUCAAAACUCAGUGGCUGGCUGAUCGUCUCGGGGGCAAGAUGUUCAGUGUUGUCUUCAAACACGAAUUUGGAACUGACACCACUACUGCCGAACAGUAA